ACAGAAGUGAUAAGCUUAAACAACAUCCUGAAGUAGGCGAGCAUUAUCUCUCCAGAACUGAAAGCAGCGCAGCAACUCGCACAAAAACAUCACACCAUGGGAAAACUCUACCAGGUCGUGUUGAAUGGGCUAAGGGGGGAGAAGACGACAAUCGACCUGUGCAACACGGAGGAGCAGAUGAAGAGCAUGACAGUAAUGCAGCUGAAGGAAAAGAUAGGGCAGAAACUUCCCGAGAACGCAGGACAGGACAAUCUGCGGCUCAUCUUCACAGAUAAAAUGUUGGAUGGAGACGAUGAGCUGCUGUCUGAUUUCGGAAUUCAGCACAUGUCCGUCAUCCACAUGGUGGUGAGGGUUCCUGGAGGACUGACCGCUUGACAGAGAGCAUCUCCUACUGCUGCCGCUGCCACUUCAUAUAAUAGCUCUUGACGUCACUGUUGACAAAUCCUUUAAUAUUCUCAUGGUGAAUCUAAAAUCUCAUUGUACAAAAUAAAGACAAGGAAACUCUU